CCAGGAGGAGCGGCAGGGGCGGUAGCUGCAGCCUCACCAGUCGAGCCCAGCAACUACGGCCCAGCAAUGCGGGAAAAGGACUCGAGCCCGCGCAAGAUGCCCGGCCACAUAAGCCCCAAGCAGGCGAGCAUCUACCCGCUGAGCGGACGCGCCGAGCCCGAGCCCGAGCUACCCUACGACCUCAGCCACGGGCACCAAGCCGUCGCCGCCACCAGUUCCUGCAGCUCCAGCCGCGAGUCCGCCCAACGCCAAUCGUCCCGCGACCACCACCACCACCACCACCACAACCACCACGGCCAACACUUCCAGCAGCAACAGCAACGCAGCCGCCUCGAACUCGAGAGUCUCGCCGAACCCCUCGACCUACGCCUCGAGCACAAAAAGGAAAACCUACGCGACGAGAACGCCAACGAGAUCGAGACCCUCAACCAGAACAGCCCCGAGCGACUGCCUUACCACCACACGGUCCUCUUCCCGCAACACCACGCCGUCCACCCGCUCGUCCUCGAAGCCAUGUACCGCUCCAGCCAGCAACAAUCCACCCAACCACCACCACCACCACCACCGCCAACCCCGACGCCCGACCUACCCAAGAUCCAAGUGCGCGCCCUCCCUACCAUGGUGCCGCUGGCGAGCAGUCGAUUCUCAACCGCGUCCCCCGUGGCCGCCCAACCCCAGCCGGCCCCCUCGAGGUCCACCAGCCCCACCAGCCAGGACGCCCAACACCGGCAAUCCCCAACCCCGUCCAACCAGCAACAACCACCACCACCGACGAGCCGCCGGCAGCCGGCCGGCAACUACAACAGCUCGCCGGGCGCGGUGGCCGGGGCCAGCUUGAAGCCAAAGGACCGCUACUCGUGCAAAUUUUGCGGCAAGGUGUUCCCCCGCUCGGCCAACCUCACCCGCCACUUGCGCACCCACACCGGCGAGCAGCCCUACAAGUGCAAGUACUGCGAGCGCAGCUUCAGCAUAUCGAGCAACCUGCAGCGCCACGUGCGCAACAUCCACAACAAGGAAAAGCCGUUCAAGUGCCCGCUCUGCGAGAGGUGCUUCGGCCAACAGACAAAUCUGGACCGGCACCUCAAGAAGCACGACGCCGACGGACCCACGAUCCUCGACGAGGUGCGCUCGAGGUACAACCACCACCAAGCGGCGGCAGCGGCUGCGGCUGCGGUGGUGGCUAGUGGUGGUGGGUCCGGUCAGAUGGCCCGCGCAGCGGAGGACUCGUACUUCGAGGAGAUCCGUAGCUUCAUGGGUAAGAUAACCUCGCGGGGCCAGGGCUUGCCCCCGUACUUCCCGAGCCUGCUCCAGGCGGCGGAGGAGAGACCACCGGCGGCCUGGUCGGACAAGCACACGGCCCGGCUGCGCCCGUGCGAGGAGAAGCGCCACCAGGGGGACUCGUCGUACUUCAGCGACCGGGACAACCUGUCCUCGAGGUCGAGCAGCGGUGGCAGCAGCACCGGGAGCAGCGGCGGCAACCACAGUCGGCCCGAGAGCCUCCACGAGGAGCAGGUGGAGCCCCCGACCUCGGCCCCUGCCUCCCCCGCCAACAACACCUGA